AACACGACAAAUACUAGCACAUCAACACCAUACGAAGAUGGAGAGCCCACAUGAGCAUCAGCAGAACCUGCUGCUGUCGCGCAUCAUCGGCAAUGUUGAGAAACUGAACGAGGCCAUUGUCGUCAUGAACAAGUCACUACAGGACAUCAACAUUCAAAACAUGAACGUCGAGCUGGUGGCCCAGAUGUUCAAGAACUACCAGUCCAACGUUCUUUUCCACCUUGAGGCCACGGACAAUCUCAAGCCUCCCUCUUGAGAUUUCACAAACAUGUGUGUUUCACGAAGCAUUUGUCUUUGGAAAGGGCAGCUAAGUGCCGACCAGGUACAAAGGCGCAAGAUUGCGACUACGGAUGAAUCCCGGGGUUAUGGUCACAAACCAUCUUACCUGUAUAAUGAAACACCGAAGCGCCUUGCAAGCUUCAUGAGAUACUGGAAACUAAAAUACCCAUUCACCGACGGCUGCUGCGAUU